AUGGAUCGUCUCUCCCAGCUGGAUAAAGAUGACAACGCCAUUGGUGAUCGAGGGUUUAGGGAUAUUUUGCCAGAUUCCAGAAACCUAGGCAGACUCAACAUUACGACCUAUAAGCUAACCUUGAAAAAUCUAUCAUUAAAUCCAGAUGGGGAGUCAUAUUACGUACGAUUCAAGCAAUGGCUGUGUUUCAAAACACAAGAUGCCGAAUACCUGUCCGCAUUUGAAAACCUGCCAUUACUUUCUAGGUUGACCAAUAUUUACAUAGCGGGCGUCGUCGGUGAAUCAGAAGACCCUUACUCUUCCGGAACACCUGGUCUUAUUCUCCUUUUACCUUUUCAGGGGUCUCUUGACGCUGCUUCCACGAGCACAGUGGACAGAGAUUCACAUACAUCAGAUGAACAGCCAACUUGUCGUGAUCGGGGCAUAGUUCGUACUCCAUUAUACUAUCGCAUUUCCACUUGCUCUGAAUGUUAUUUUUACCUCUUUAUACGGAAUCCAAUGUUUCAAAAAAGAAUGACCUUAUUCCAAAACGAGUAUAUUACAUACCUUUUAAACAGAAAAGAAAAUAUUCGUAUAUUUCCCGAUGUAAACAACCAAACAAGUAUGGAUCACGUGUGCAGCACAAUCAAUGGGGAACAAUACGACUGUAACGAUUGGAGUCAGUGUUGUAGAAACGCUUGGAGUUGUUGUGAAAAUCAAAUGGAAAAUCCUACAAAAUCAAGGCAGGCAAUGUGUCCUCAGACAUGGGAUGGUUGGUCAUGCUGGGAUUUUACAGAGCAAGGGACAACGACAAGUCAAGUCUGUCCGUCGUUUUUGAAGUACAUCAUUUUGGAAAUGAAUCCCAAGGUAACGAAGCAAUGUACAACUAACGGUUCUUGGUGGGUGGACCCCACGUCUCAUAUGGAACGUUCCGAUUACACCACGUGUGUUCCCACUGAAUACCGUAGCUUACUCAAGGUGUAUAAAAAUUCCAUUAUUGUCGGGAUAUCGCUGAAUGGGUUAGGAAUACUACUUCUAAUACCCGCAAUUGUCGUCUUCAUCUUUUACAGGCAGUUACGUCGACAGUUGAGGAUUCGAAUACAUAUUCAUCUCUUCACAUCGCUGCUCUUAUAUGGCAUUAUCUGGAUGUGCUGGGAUGUAGUGGUCAGGUACAACAGACUGGUCCACGAUGGAACCCACUCUCUAGUUCACACUGACCAGGACGGCUGUAAAUUCUUAAAUAUACUCCGGAGGUUUGCUCGGAUCGCGCCUUUCUUCUGGAUGCUAUGUGAGGGAUUCUUUCUGCACACCUUAUUGAUGAAGGCAUUCGAACCCCCGAAACAAAUUGUUGGAUAUUACAUCUUAGGAUGGGGAUGUCCUGCCUUUUUCGCCGUUCUUUACGGAAUUCUACGAAAGACAUUAGCUGACGACCAGUCAUGUUGGAUCCAGCCUCCAGAGGGAUCUACUGGUGGUAUAGAGUGGAUCAUUACUGCCCCUAUGUUAGUCUGUAUAGUGAUUAAUCUUUUCCUGAUGUUAAAUAUAAUUCGAAUCGUAAUUAGACAAGUGUCAUCCCAUCCACGAGAGCCGCGAAGUUACAGGCAAGCGAUUAAGGCUACCUUUAUCCUUGUUCCACUAUUUGGUGUCCAUGUGUUUUUUAUAAUCUACCUGGUUCCUCCAGACCAGAAAGCUUUCGACUUUUUCCAGAUGGCGUCUACAAUUGUAUACAAUUCACAGGGAAUAAUCAUUUCGCUCAUAUACUGCUAUUUCAACGGAGAGGUUUCCUCUCUAAUCAAAGCCAGUUAUAGAAUACGACGAGACUCAGCUUUCAUUGGAGAUUCUAGAAGGAGUUUGACAUACCAAUCAAACCUUCGACGCCUAUCCAAUGUUUCUACCGACAUACAAAAUGGUGGCCAUCCCAACAGGAUGUCUGUAAGACGAAAUAGUUCAACAAGAAGUUUAUGUCCAAAUAGUGAACAAGUGGAUUUCAACAAUAUAAGAUUAUCUGUGAUAAGUGAAAAUGGAAACAUUAGUGAAAAUGGAAACAUUAGUGAAAAUGGAAACAUUAAUGAAAACGGAUUCAUAAGUGAAAAUGGACAUUCGGACGAGAUAGGAAAUAUAGAUGAAAAUAGAAGUAUGAAAGAAAGACAACAUAAGAAUGAAAAUGGAAAUAACUAUGAUAUGUCAAUAACGCAAUAA